CCAGAGGGACCGUCGUCGAGGAUUUUCGAAAGAAAAAAAAAACCAAAAAAACACGUCCCACCUCAACCACCCCCGAUCGCCAUGAGGGGCGAGUCGGCAGCGCGACCGGGCAAACGUCCGCUGCGGGCGCUUUCCGCCGCCGAAAAAAUGGACGCCAUCCAGAGGGUACACGAGGGCGAGAGCAAGGCCUCCGUAGCCCGAGACAUCGGGGUGCCGGAGUCAACGUUGCGCGGCUGGUGCAAAUCCGAGCACAAGAUAAGGGGGAUGGCGCGUAAUUCCUGCACACCGGACAGCGAGGCGCACUCGCCGGCCUCGGGUUCCGCGAACGCGGCCAACAACUGCAACUCCUCGUCCCUGGCCGGGGGCAACAGCGAGGACGAGGGGUGCACCGUGCGGACGAAGAGGCAGAAGACCGAGGAGGAGGGAGUACCGCAGGGCGGCGAUCGGCUGAAAAACGAGCACCGCGCGGCGGCUCCGCCGCUCGACGGCGGACAGUCGAAGAUAGAUUACGCGGCGAUUAUGGCGAGCGUGGCGGCCCUCCGACCCGAGGGCGGGGGCUCCCUGCUGCUGCAGCAGCUCGGAUUGCUCUCGAAGAAUUUGCUGCAAGUACCGGCCGGCGGGGGGGUCGGCGGUUCGCAGGGCAGCGGUGCGGUAGUCGGACUAGUGGAGAACGGACUCCAGUACACGAGGAGCGCGGCGGCCGCCACCAAGAGACAGUCGCAGAGCACCUCGGCCGCGGCGCCCACGCAACCGGAGGCCGCCGACAAGAGCGAGGCGAGGAACGGAUUCACGCCGGCGGCGGAGGCACCCUUCGCACCGGCGCCCUCGUCACCGAGGAAAACCGGCGACGGCCAGGCCAAGGCGAAGAAGGAAAACGAGAACGCGGGGGGGGCGACGGGGAGCGCCGGUUCCGCGGUGAACAACAAAGUCGACGAGGCGCUGUGGCUUUGGCUCACGCAGCAGCAGCAGCUGCUCGGACAACAGUCGGCGAUCUUCAACCCCGGCAACAACCAGGACCUGGGUGGUUCCUGGUUCUGGAAAUGGUACAAGCAGUACGGCUUCGCGCCGGCCGCACCUACGCCCCCGACACCGGCGAAAAAGUCGCCCACCAAGGCCAGGGCUCUGCUCGACAACGUCCUCGGCAAUAACAACAACAUAAACAACAACAACGAGAACGUGAUGAGGAGUUCGAAUUUCGAACAGCAGACGGCGAACGGCGGUGAACAGCAUCAGGGUGACACGCAGCAGCAGCAGCUGAGCACCGAGGAGGCCGUCGCCCACGGCGAGAAGUUUCUCAAAUGGCUCGAGAAAUGUUCGGAACCCUCGGUAUCGCGGAUGCAAAUAAUGCAGUUCAGAUACCUAUUGGACAAUUUGAAGACGUGCAGGCGACCGACGCCGAGUUUGAAACGUAGCAGAAAAUAAAUAGUAUAGACAUACAUAUACAAGCGCAUAUUUCGGCACGCGAUCAGGCGGGAGCGUGUCGUAGGGUACAAAUGAGGAUGCGAGUUUUUUUCCGAAAAUCUAAUUAGCUUUUAAUCGACGCGAGAAACAUCCGGUUGUAGAAAUUCAUUUCUCUUAUCAUGUUAGGAUACGUGUACGUGCACGCGCGCAUACGCGUGUGUACGCGUGCGUGCGUGUGUGUGUGUGUGUGUGCUUAGGCAUGUGCGUGUCUGUCUGUCCGUCUCUGUAAUCGUUAUCCUAGAAUUUAUAGGUGUAUAGCCGCGACACGGUGGACGAUAACCGCUCGUCUGUGCGCCACUCACGUGUACGUGUGCAAAUCUGCUAUCGAUUGUAUUCUUUUGUAAAUUAGAGGACGCGUUACCCCGUUUCUACCGUGCCGAGGUCGUUUCCAAGAUCGAAAGUAUCGCUCGAUUUCAGUUCCCUUUUUUUUUUUAAUACCACCGACCAAUCUUUUUUUUUUU